CUCGGCGAACAGCUCAAGCUACGCCAGCAAGUAAUUGCCACUGCCACCGUGUAUUUCAAACGUUUUUAUGCCCGCAAUUCUCUCAAAUGCAUCGAUCCCCUAUUGCUGGCACCGACGUGUAUCUUGCUGGCGUCCAAAGUCGAAGAAUUCGGAGUCAUUUCCAACUCCCGGCUUAUCACCACUUGCCAAACGGUGAUCAAGAACAAAUUCAGCUAUGCAUAUCAGCAAGAAUUCCCUUAUCGAACAAAUCACAUCCUGGAAUGUGAAUUUUAUUUACUGGAAAAUCUCGACUGCUGCUUGAUCGUGUAUCAACCGUAUCGUCCUCUGCUGCAGCUGAUACAAGAUAUCGGUCAGGAAGAUCAGCUUCUCACGCUUACGUGGCGUCUAAUCAACGAUUCCCUAAGAACGGAUGUUAGCUUACUGUAUCCACCGUACCAGAUAGCAAUUGGUUGCCUGCAGAUCGCCUGUGUCAUCUUGCAAAAAGAACUCAAGGCAUGGUUCGCUGAAUUGAAUGUGGACAUGGAGAAGGUACAAGAAAUUGCCAGGGCUAUCUUGAACCUUUUCGAAUUGUGGAAAAGUUAUGAUGAAAAGGAAAUACAAGGCCUGCUGGAAAAGAUGCCAAAGCCAAAACCGGCAUCACAGCGGUGAUUCAGUAAGUUCUCUGUCGAUGUAGUUUUAGAUACCUAUCUUACUAUUCUAGUGACGGCGUUUGGUUAAAGGGUAAACUAAAUACAAUUCAUUUGAUUUUAUUGCUAAUCUAAAACAUAACUUUUGACAUAGAUGAACAAGAAUUUUUACAAAUAGAAUAAUGAAGAUUUGACUUUUAUGAUUUGGUCGUACCUUAUCUAAAAACAUUACAUAGAUUGAUCGAUUUAUUGUCCCUUGUAUUCGAUCUUUACUCAACACGUCGCUAAUUUAGGUUUCGUCCACGGCUUUCGUUGCUCGAAUGUAUUGCUAAAUGUUGAAGUAUAAGCGGAAUAACGUCGCAGUUGGAUGAAUAAUAAACAUUUUA